AUGGCGGCGACGAAAGCGUCGAGGUCGGCCAGGAGGGGCUCGGCGAGCGUGAGCGCAUCGGGGGUGGGGGAGGUGGGAGUGGCGGUGAAGAGGAGCGCGUGGGCGAAGAGCAGGUCGUGCGCGCGGGAGGCGGCGGCCGCGCUCGCCGAGCAGCUGUUCGAUGACGAGAACCUGCUCAUCCGCAUCGACAUGUCCGAGUACAUGGAGCAGCACUCCGUCGCUCGCCUCAUCGGAGCACCACCUGGGUAUGUUGGACACGAGGAGGGCGGGCAGCUGAUGGAGCAGGUGAGGAGGAGGCCAUACAACGUGAUCCUGUUCGACGAGGUGGAGAAGGCGCACGUGGCCGUGUUCAACACGCUCCUCCAGGUGCUCGACGACGGCCGGCUGACCGACGGGCAAGGCAUGACUGUGGACUUCAGGAACACCGUGAUCAUCAUUGGCAUAUUUCCAACAAUCAUGACCUCCAACCUCGGCGUCGAGCACCUCCUCGCCAGGAUGGUGGGCAAGAACUCCAUGAAGGUCGCCCGCGACCUCGUCAUGCAGGAGGUGAGGAGGCACUUCAAGCCAGAGCUGCUGAACCGGCUGGACGAGAUUGUGGUGUUCGACCCGCUGUCCCACGAGCAGCUGAGGAAGGUCGCUCGCCUGCAGAUGAAGGACGUGUAUGGCGCUCGGCCGAUCCGGAGGUGGAUCGAGAAGCGGGUGGUGACACAGCUGUCCAAGAUGCUGAUCCAGGAGGAGAUCGACAAGAACUGCACGGUGUACAUCAACGCCGCCAACAAGGACGAGCUGGCCUACCGGGUGGACCGCACCGGCGGGCUAGUGAACGCCGAGACGGGCCAGAGCAUGCCUCACUGCACACCAAGUCCAAUGAGAUGGAAUCUCCUUUUCAAUCAGGAAGGCUGCCUGGACGAAGAUGGAAUGACAAAAAAAUACAGUGUGGCCGCAAUAGCUGCCACCAAGCUACGAGCUCUGAGCAGUCUGAUUGCAGAGCUCGUGGCCACCAUAGUGGUUGGGCCGCUGCUGUCCAUUGUGAAGCAGAAGGUGUCCAGCCACCUGCUCGAGAAGUACAAGGUGAUGGAGGAGCGAGCAGCACAGGGUGCUCAAGCGCAAGCUGCGCGCCUUUCUGGAUGUCAUCGUUGA